GCGGACGGCAGUAGACCGCAGCGUUGAGAUGCAGAAGAUUAUAUUAAUUUUUUUUAAAUAAUUCAUUAAACAACGACAAGCAUUCACAAAGCAAGCAAAGAAUGCAGUGGAUCAAAAUCUCAUGUAUUUUAUGCAUGUUUGGAUGUUUUAAGGACUUUCGGCCUUCUGAAUCAUUUAUAACCGAUUACUUAACUGGACCAUGGAAGAAUUUCACAAAGGAGGAAGUAAAUCAAGAUAUUUUUCCUGUGUCCACGUACAGUUACUUAGCAACGCUGAUACUUGUCUUCUUGAUAACAGAUUUUGUUAGAUACAAACCAAUCAUUGUAUUAUGUGGUCUUUCUGGUGUCGUCACGUUCUUUAUGAUUAUACUCGGCAAAACUGUGAUAGUAUUCCAGAUUAUAGAAUUCUUUUACGGCAUGUUUAUGUCAACAGAAGUGGCUUAUUAUACUUACAUAUAUGCCAAAGUAGAUAAAAAACAUUAUCAAGAAGUAACAGGACAUACUAAAGCGGCCGUAUUAUUUGGUCGUAGUAUGUCUGGUAUUGUAGCACAAUUAACAGCUUCCUUCGAAUUAUUAAACUAUCAUCAGCUCAAUUUUAUAACUCUUUCAGCUAAUAUUUUUGCAACGAUCUGGGCGCUCUUCUUGCCUCCUGUAGAUCAGUCGAUGUAUUUUCAUCGCACCAGCGUUUCUGAGGAAGAACAAGGAAAAGACACUCUCGAUUAUCACUCGCAACAUUCCAGCAAUUUGCAAGAAUCAUCCACUGUCGAGAAUGGCGAAACAAAGCAUUGUUUCAUGGUAUCAGGCACACGGGUGCUUCGCAAGAUCAGAAACGCGUAUGCGUUGUUGUGGAAACAUUUCAUCCAGGCUUAUACCAAUUAUCGCGUGGCCAAGUGGUCGGUCUGGUGGGCAUUGGCUACCUGCGGCUACUUGCAGGUCGUCAGCUACAUUCAACUACUAUGGCAAACUGCGGUGAUGCCAGGCGACAUGAUCUACAACGGUGCCGUGGAUUUUGUCUACGCAAUCGUCGGUGCAGUGACCGUAUUUUAUGUAGGGAAGAUACAGUUAAAUUGGACCCUAUUAGGAGACAUGACGUUGUCUAUUUUUUCGCUCUUGGAAGGCGGUAUGUUAUUAGGAUUCUCUUACAGCUACAACAUUUGGCUUCUGUAUUUCGGCUACGUCAUAUUCGGUGUAAUUUACCACACCAUGGUUACUGUUGCAAGCUUCGAAGUCGCCAAGUGUAUAUCUGAGGAUAGUUAUGGCCUUGUGUUCGGCGUAAAUACAUUCUUCGCGUUAUUAACGCAAAGUUUGUUGACGCUUGUGGUUGUUAAUACACUUAAGCUAAAUAUUAAACAGCAGUUUUUUGUCUACGGCAGCUACUUCCUAAUUUUAACUGUGAUAUAUAUUGUGAUGGGUAUCAUCAAUAUCGUGCAAUAUUAUCGAAGUGGCGCAAAAUUCCACGUGUGGAUCAGAGAUGACGAUAAAUCUCUAUCCAGUUAUACGAGUACGUUGAAUCGUCUAAACCCGAGCACGAUAGCAGUUGAAACAAAUACAUAUUAGAUCA